AAUGUACUAUUUUGUGUCACCAAAUACUCUGAUAUCGUUAAGGAUUUCUUAUCCCUGGAUCUUCCUCAGCGUUGGCACAUAUUAUCCGAAAAUGCUAUAUUUUAAACCUUUAUUUAAUGUUUAUUUAGAACAUAACCGAAGUGCAGUGCAGUCCUUCUUUCUCAAAUCAUUAAAUUAUAGACAGUAAAUUCCCCAGUGUUAAAUAUGCAGCGUCAAAGUGCAUUGACUCAGAGUUAUUUCAACAACAGCUGGAGUAAAACGCCCCCUAGUGUUGGUGUCAAUUCCCGGAGUUAAAUGAGGUGGUGUUAGCAGUACUCUGAAGAGCUCCGCCCACCUCCGCCUCAUUUUCAAAGCCGUCAGAAUUUUCAAGACGCCAUUUUCUCCAAGUGGAAAGGGUCCGGUAAGUUUCUCAUUACUUACUAAACUAAUUAUUUGGAAUUUCAACUGAAGCAGCAUGUCAGAAUUACUGUAUAUUGUUGUUCACUGACCAUUUCAGUUACUUUCUGGCGGUUUAGUAUCUGAAAAUACCGAAUUCUAGAAGGGCUAAUGUGACCGAUUGGAUGCUAGCUUAAUUGUGCCAGUGUUAUUUUACUUAUUAACUAACUAGAUAGCGUCUGACUAGACAUGAGGUAAGGUGAAUGUGGUUAAUAUACGCCCGAAGAGUGAUUGUGUUGUGUACCAUGCAUAGUUUCCAUAGUUUGAGAGGGGCGAAAUUAGCUAACGUUAGCUUGAUUAAUUAGCCACCUCAGGUUACAUUGCGCGCACGGGCCGCGUCGCAAGUACAAACGGUAAGUGAACCAGAGGAGUUGAUAUGUAAGUUUUACAUAAUUAGUUAUUGUACAACCGAACAGAUUGAUAUUUGGCUUAUUUAUUGACUAAAAAACGGUUUUCACUGUAGUGUUAGUGUUAACGUUGAAUUACUCUUUCAGCUGCAAACACUAUGUUCGUUGUCCAUUAAAAUGACUGUGAAGCAGACGGUGAUAGCUCAUUAAAUCGAGGAGAGUGGUGAUGUCUUAGUCAUGUAGUUCUGUCUAAUGUGUGUUGGGUGGUAAAUUUUACUUGACAGUAAUGUCUCUGUAGCCUUAAAAUAAACUAAUGUAACUACAGUGCUUGUUGUUGACAAACCAUUCAAGUUUAUGACAACCUCAGGUCAGAAUAUGUAGACAAGUGGCCAGGGCUGAUCAUAGUAAAGUGUGUUUUAAUUCUAGAUAGGAGGCAUUUGUGAUUGCUGUAUAGAGACAUGUGAUUUAUUAAAACGAUUUUGUGAUGUAAAGAUGUUUUUACCUAAGGCAAGAUGAGUUGUUAGCCUAGUUGUUAGCUUAUCAACUGUCUGCUGCAUGUGGCUUGAAACCUUUUUUUAAUCAAAAGUUGCACACCAUUCACCUCCAUAAAGACUCUCUUUAAUUAGAACUGGUGAGUCUCUUGCUACAUGAGACUGUCAAACUUAUUUUCUUGUUUUUGUUUAUUAUAAGAAUGAGCAUGUAAAUUUUUAGCUGUAUUGUGUUGUGCUGAUCCUGCUUAUGUGCUAUAUAUUUUCUGCAGGGAACAUGCUACUCAAAGUGAAACUUGGUGAUGUCCAAAAAUUUGUUAGAAUAACAGAGCCAAAUCGGUCAGACUUUUUGAACGCAGCAUUUGCCAAAUUUGGUGUCCCAGCUGUAACAGAAGGUGUCAAAGUUGUUGACAGUUCAGGGACUGAGUUGGAUGAUGAUGUUUUUGAGGACAUAGUAAAGUAUCCUUCCACUGGGGUGCUAACCAUUAGAUAUGAAAGAGAAUUUGUCUCCAUGGUAGCCUCUCCUGAGUCCCAGCUAUCAUCUGUUCAUCGGACUCUGAUACAAUCAUCCUUCCAGACAGCCCUUCCAGAAAGCGUCAGAGGCUGGAUUCAGAAGCUCAGCAAAUACCGCCAUCCAUCAUGGAGCAACCGAUGAAGAGAAAACUGACUGAUGACACCCUGAACCCCAGGAGCAGCCCCGACGCCACAUCUCCACCCACAAAGAUGAGGCGAGUCUGUGAAGAAAAACCUUCACGUAAACGGUGCUACAGUGAGGCUUUCACUGACAUCUCCUCUGACUCUCCACCCACAAAGAUGAGGAGAGUCUGUGAAGAAAAACCUUCACAUGAACAGUGCUACAGUGAGGCUUUCACUGACAUCUCCUCUGACUUAAGUCCACCCAAGAAGAUGAGGAUCUCUGACACGGCGCUCCUCAGAAUAACCUCAGACUUCUCCUCCACAAAAAGACUGGUUGAAGUGGUUGAGACGCCGCCCAAAGUCUGGAUCAUCGGGUCCAGCUACAUCCGACGAGCGGAGGACGCGGCCCACGAAGAGUUCGGGCCCAAUCUGGGUCUGAAUGCCACAGUCCACUGGUUUGGCAAAGGAGGCCUGAGAUGGAACGGUGUUAUUCCCCGUUUCUACGCCGAGCUGGCCCAGCAGACUCCCCCUGACGUUUUAGUGGUUCACGCUGGAGGCAACGAUCUGGGACUGGUGUCUCCAGCGGAACAUGCCGCCAACAUAGAGGCUGAUCUGGUCCACCUGCACAAGGCCUUCCCCUCCAUGGCCAUCGUCUUCUCAGCCAUAAACGAGCGUAAAGCCUGGAGAUACGGGAAGCCUGUGAAGAUCAACGCUGACCGUAAGAUGGUCAACAGGUACCUGAAGAAGGCCGCUGGAAGCUUUGGUGGUCGAGUUGUUGAGCACCACUCCCUCAGACACUUUGAGAAGGUGUUUCUUCCAGAUGGGGUGCACUUUAACAAACGAGGAAACAGAAUCUUCUUGACCAAGAUCCGUAAUGAUGUCAGGGAGAUUCUGCAACAAGCGAUUUAGUUCUGUAGUUGUUUUGUUCUUUAUUUAGUUCUGUAGUUAUUUUGUUCUUUAUUUUGUUUUCAUUAUUGAG